CGAAAUCUUCCUUGAAUCUGCAGCGAUGAAAUCCUCCAAAUUUCCCCCAAAUUCAGCGAUGAAAUCUGCCGUGAAUGACAAAAUGACAGUCGCUGAUACGAAAUUGGUUCACCCACGAAAGCAGUGAAUCAGCCGUGAAUCUGCAGCGACGAAAUUCUACCACGAAAUUGGUCACGAAGCGUGAGCGGCAACCACUACGAACACCACGAACACAAGUCGAACGGUACAAAUCGGUGCAAAUCGGCGACCGGCGCCAAUCGUUGCACACGGCAACCCCAAGAACAACCAAUCGUUGCAAAUCGGUGCAACGACAAACCGGUGCAAAUCGGCGACCGGCGACUGGUGAAGUAGCGGCGACCGGCAACGGCGCCAAAUCCUAGCAAUCACCAAAACCCUAGCAAUCACCUAGGGCUCUGAUACCAUGUAAAAUUUGUUUUAGAUAUGGACAGUGACCAGGAUCACUCUCUCAAACUUGGAGGGUCGCCUGUUGACUCUGAUGACCUGAAGUACAUUUCUGGGCUUAGUACUAUUUUGGUUGCAACGAUCCAGGAAACAAAAGACAGGAUAUCCCAGAUUGAAUAUAUCUUCUGCAACCAGAUMUUUCCCAGUUUUCAAGCGAAGUCUAAAAGUUUGCAAAAACUAUAUUCUGAUGCUAGAAAAUUUGCAGAGGAUGCAUGGAAAGACAAAGAAACCGAUCUCCUAUUCCAAAUAGAAAAACUUAAACGGGAAAAUCAGCUUGUCCAUGAAGAGAAUCAGUCUUUGAAACUUGAGAAAGAAAAGCCAUCGAAGGAGCAAGAGGAAAGGAUGGAUCUGCUGCGAUCCAAACUACUGGGUGAGCAACUCAAAGUUGAGGAACUUUCACAGCAACUUAAACAGAAAUCAAGAGAAAUUGAUGAGGGAAUUGAAUUGCAGCGGAAAUUACUUGAAAUGGUUCGGUCCAAAACCUCCCUGAUAAUGGGCAAGGAACAAAAACUGAAAGAGCAUGAAGACCAAUCAAAUGCAUUGCGCUCCAAACUGACUAGCCUUGAGAUGAAGGUUGACGAACUCCAGCGGAAUCUUAGUGAGAAGACAGAUGAAGUAUCCCGGGUUAAGAAAUUGGAAGAGAACUUGUUCAAAAAACUUGAAUUACAAGCUUCAGAAAUUAUGAAUAUUGAAAAGAUGAAUAAUGAUCAGCAAAAGGAGAAACAAAUACUAGUGGUCAAGUUAGAAAAAUUGCAGGAGAAUCUCAAUGACCUUCAGAAGAAGCUUUUUAAGAAGACCGAAGAAAUUGAAGAAGGAAGAAAAUUGCAAACCAAGUUGCUCCAGCAAAUUGAUUCAGCUGGCUCGGAAAUUUCAAAGAAUAAAGAGCAGCUGGAGGAAUUUGAGAAAGAGAAAAAACUGCUUUUAGCCAAGUUGAAUGCUUCUCUGGAGAAAAUUAAUGAGCUCAAGUCGAAUCCUAAGGUAAAUAACAACGAGGAAAUGGAAGGAAAUGAAUCAUAUGAAAGUUUACGCCAACAGAUUGAAUCAAAGUCCUACAAGUUACUGGCCGAAAAGAAAGCAAGAAAGGGUGUAGUUGAUGCCUACAAAAGGCUGAAAUCACAACAUAACUUCCUUCUUAAAAAAUUUGGCCUUACUAGCAACAAUAUGCUGAAGAACAUAAGAGAAAAUGAAACUGAUUCAAUGGCUAAUAAUCUGGACCUUGCAUCUUCACCAGUAGAUCCUGAUGCUGAAACUGAAGAACCUUACAUGGCAGUUUCUGACCCAUGCCAAUUGAAGAAAGAAAUCGGCUUGAACAGUAAUAUAGAGGAUACAAAGGGAGUCAAAAGGGAAUCAUCUCCUCCAAAGGCUCCUACUUUCCCAAUUGGUUCCAAACGUAGUCCCAAUGUAAAAGCUGCACCAGUAGCUUCCAAAAGAUCGGCAUCUUGCUGGAGAGAUACCAGGGCUCACCAUCAAGCCCAAGUGGGGCCUGACCCACAUGAUGAUUUUCUCGACACCCCAUUUGAGAACAUCAGAGAAAACUUAAACAAUCCAGUGAAGGACGGAGUACAAGAUCUUCCUCUUCCUGAUGUGGGUGUAAAAGACAUCAUUAUGGAUCGCUCAGAUGACGAGACACAGGAUAUGAAUGCUGCUCAUCCACCAGAGAAUCCGCAGGCUGGCAAUGGAAGAGGAAGCUUCAAGUUCUUGGAGCCUGUGAGAAAGAAAGCUGACAGGCAAAAUCUAAAAGGAAUCGAGUGCAAGCAAUGCAAGAAGUUUUAUGAUGCUGUUCUUCCAAAUGAUGGGAAUGGGGAAACCAAUGGUGAUAAACCGGGUCUACGCUGUGAGCAUCAUGAUGGGGUUUCGAGGCAUCGUUACAGGUAUGUUCCUCCCAUGACUCCUGAAGGAUUUUGGAACAUUGGAUUUGAAUCUGAAAUGUAAUUGUAGUGUAGGAGUAGGAUGUUCAGAAAACUAUCUGAUUAAAACCAUUGAUUGAUAAUCAAUCACAAAAUUGGUAAUGUA